AUGUGGGGGCUCCUGCUGCUUGGGGCCCUGGCACUGGGGCUCAGCCCUGCUGGUGGCAUCUGCACCCCCGGCGUCUACAAGGAGACCCCUGAGGACAGGAAUGCAGGAGGGGCUGUUGGAGGCACGCAGAAGCCCUUUCCUGCAGCAGAGGCGACAGUCCAGCCCCUGCCCUUCCCACGCAGCUUCCCAGGCCGCCCCUGCCCCAACAACAGUGACACCCUGCUACUGCCCAACAGCUCACAGGCCCUGCUGCUGGGCUGGGUGUCCACGCGCCUGGUGCCCACGCUCUACACACUGGCUUUGGCGCUCGGGCUGCCGGCCAAUGGCCUGGCGCUGUGGGUGCUAGCCACAAGCGUGCCGCGCCUGCCCUCUACACUGCUGCUCAUGAACCUGGCGGCCGCCGACUUACUACUAGGCUUGGCGCUGCCGCUGCGCAUCGCCUACCACCUGCGUGGCCAGCGCUGGCCCUUCGGUGAAGCCGCCUGUCGCCUGGCCACAGUCACACUCUACGGCCACAUGUACUGCUCACUGCUGCUGCUGGCAGCUAUCGCCCUUGACCGCUACCUGGCGGUGGUGCACCCGCUGCGUGCCCGCUCCCUGCGCGGCCGGGCCCUGGCCACGGGGCUGUGCGCCGCCGCCUGGCUGGCUGCUGCCGCUCUGGCGCUGCCCUUGGCGCUGCAACGACAGACCUUCUGGCUGGGCGGCGCGGACGCGGGCCGCUUGCUGUGCCAUGACGUGCUGCCACUCGGCGCGCAGGUCUCGCACUGGCGACCCGCCUUCACCUGCCUGGCGUUGCUCGGCUGUUUCGUGCCGCUGCUGGCCAUGGCGCUGUGCUACGGAGCCACGCUGCGCGCUCUGGCAACCAGCGGCCGGCGCUACAGUCACGCAUGGCGCCUGGCGGCCCUGGUGCUGGUCUCCGCUCUGGCCUUUUUCGCGCCCAGCAACGUGUUGCUGCUACUGCACUACUCGGACCCGGCACCGCACGCCUGGGGCGACCUCUAUGCCGCCUACCUGCCCAGCCUGGCGCUCAGCACCCUCAACAGCUGCGUGGACCCCUUCGUCUACUACUACGUGUCCGCUGAGUUCCGGGAAAAGGUUGGCAGGGCUCUCUGCCGCCUGGCGCCUAGAAACGCUGCCACGGCCUCCAAGGCCUCAGGGGAUGAGGGCGGCACAGGGACCGGCACCCGCUCUACCUCGCUGGUAUGA